AUGGAGUCGACAGAGCCGACGGAAUCGGCUGCUCCCCAAUCACCACUGGCGUCCAUCUCCAACGGCGGUGUUAAUGGUCGCGACAUCCACGAUUCCGUGGUCGACGAUGCCAGGUCUAGUAGCCUGAGUGAACUGGAUGACGCCUUAGAUCACGACCAUUUGGGUAGUGAAUCCCCCAAGCUUGAGAAAGUGGCUAGCGAAAUCGACUCAGAAGCCGAAACAGAGCGCAUCGAAGAGUCCCCAAACCGCCCCCAAAACCGCACCAACAUUGAAUUGAACGCAGGCAUCUUCGAAGCUAGCCCCAGCAAACUAGCACAAUCAACGACAUAUGACGAUCUUUCUGAUGAUGAAGGUGACGAAACUGAAAACUCUCCUAGCAAGCCACGACGAAAAGUUGGCAGCAACGGCAUACCAACUCCAGUCGAUGUCGUUACCACUGGAUCCGAAUUGCUGAGCACUUCACUAGAAGCAAUUAGCAAAAAACGGAAACGUGCUUUGGAUGAUGAUAUCGGUGCUGAGCAAAGCGAGGAAGAGCCUCUACGCAAGCGUCGUGGCUCCGUUAUUGUGAGCGGACCAGACUUGUCUUCGACUCUCGAGGGUGGUGAAACCCUACAGAAAGACAGCGAAACUUCCCCCGAUGAGACCCUCGCCGCAGAUGAAGCCCAGAGCGUCGAUGCGCGAGUUGCGGUUUCUAGAGGUAAACGGGGGAAGAAAGGCAAACGAAAGGGUAAAAAUAUCAGACAGCUUCAGGAAGAAGGGGAAACGGAUAGCGUUCCUCCAUCUGGAGGUGCUGAACAAGAUACCAAUGGCUUGGCUGAUGAACAGCCUGCAGAAGAGGAAGAACAAGCUGAAGCGGUAGAGGAGGCAGAGGACACGGAGGUCGUUUCCAAGGCAGAAGAAGAGAUUAUGAAGAAAACCGUUGCCAUGGACUUGCUAUAUUCCCUUGAACGACAAUUCGCAACGUUGCGUGAUAGAAUAUACGACGAGAGAAUAGCGAACCUCAAUAACGAGUUAUCGCAACUCAGUGAAGAAAACAUCACUCACCCCGAAUACCUACGCCAGCUCAGUAUCAUCGAAAAUUAUCGAGAUGAUAAAAUCAAAUACGAGAGAACACUUUUCAAAUAUAAAUUGUCUUCACUAUUCAACAAAAGCCAGGCGGAGCGCUGCCAAACAAACAGCUCCUAUUUCCAACGAGCCCGGGACGUCCGUGAAAAAUACCUUGAGGAGGCUUCGGGUCUCCACUACCGCAUUCAGCAAGACAGAUUCCAAACUGCUGGGACUAGCCCCGAUUUCUCUAUUCCCUUCCCCAUUCGCCGUUCGCAACAAAUCUCCCAACAAGCUGCGUAUAACAAAGAGGUGUCUAUUCUCUCGGGUGUGGCCAAAUAUGUUGGGUUCCCAGCUGCCCCGAUAAUCCAGCCCGCACGGCAGAAUGAAGCUGAUGAAGACUUGGCAAAGAUGGGUAUUGAUACUCGUUCUAUAAAUGCUCGCAGUUUUCCCCGUCCCUCCCGCCCGCGAAGCACAUUCACGGCUACGCCAUCAGCACAGCCACCACGGCCAGGCGCAGCGGCGGAAUUCCUGGAACAGACACCCUGGGCAAACCCACAACAUUCCAGUCAUGAGCAAUAUCUUCAGCAGCUCCGGCGGGCUAGGCUAAACGAGCAACAUAGGGCAGAGAAUCCAUACACGACCCCUACUGCUCAGCAGCGGAUUGUAGAUCUCAACAUGCCCAACGGAUCCGCUUCGACAAUCCCAGACCACCCCUCCGCACCCAAUUCAUCAGCCGCAAACACGCCACAGUUCCCUGAGCAAGAUCGAAAUCGACCACAAAAUAACAGGAGAUACUUCGCGGCCAACGAAUCCCCCUUCGGCCGGCCUCCCGAAGCCGAUGACGCGGAGCAAAACCAGGGAUUACGAUCACUAACCUCAUCCCCAUUAGACGUGCGGAAAUCAAGUAACCCAUGUCAACCGCAUUCGCGAAAUAUCUCCGGCCAACGAUCGCCCAUCCAUCAUCCAUCAUCAACAGAGGGACCUCUGCCGCCGAACUCUAUUACCAGGGAUAUUACUACUGCUAAUAAUCAUACCAACAAUAAUACCAGCAAGGAUGCGCAUUCGCCCGCACCGGCCCCAGCGCGACUUGGCCUCUUUGGGCCACCAUCUAGAGGCGAGCCUUCUCCGCCACUGCCAACCGCGAAUCAGGAACUUUUCGGUUCCUCGUCGGCAGCUGCUGCGCGGCCGCGGACGUCCCCUUUAAGCUCACUGCAUCAAACUGCUGCGGGAAUCACGGCGGGUGGGUCUGGGAGAAGUCGUAUGGGGGCCCGGUGA